CUGGCCUGAGAGCAAAGGAGAAGAGAGAGAAAGAGAGAGGGAGAGAGUGACAGGCGGCACCGAGAACCAAACGAACCAAAGCGUCGACAUGAGCGGCCAGUUUGAGGAAGAUCUCCACGACCGGGGCGAGAGGAAGAGCAGCAAAUCCCCGACGCUGCUCUCCUCUUACUGCAUAGAGAGCAUUCUGGGCCGCCGCAGUCCCUGCAAGGUCAGACUGAUAGGAGCGCAAAGUUUGACGGGUCUGCCCGGCAGAGGAGAGCUCGACAAACCGGCCGACGGGCCAACGAAAGAGCCGCUGUCCCUCAGCGCUGACAUCCACCUGCCACCAAAGCUCCGCCGGCUCUACGGACCCGGUGGUAAAUACCUCCACGAUCACGCAGGGAAGCUGGACACUCACAGAGAGCAGCGGCUCCUCCUGCAGGAGCAAACCAGCGAGAGCCUCAAAAUCAGCCAGGCGCCGCAGGUGAGCAUCAGCCGCAGCAAGUCGUACCGGGAGAACGCGUCCCUGAGCCGGGGAGAGGGCGACCAGAGCCCCGAGGAGAGCUCGGAGGACGGCAGCCUGGGGCUGGUGGAGCUCGGCCCGCUGAAGUUUGAGGAGGACGCGGGGAAGGAGGAGGAGAGCUGCACGGAAGCGACGGCGCUGUCCCCGAAGGACGAGGAGAGGGAGAGCUUGAACGCCGGGGAUGGGGACGUGAGGGACGGGGAGGACAGCGUGUGUCUUUCGGCCGGCAGUGACUCGGAAGAAGGGAUGCUGAAACGGAAGCAGAGAAGAUACAGGACUACGUUCACCAGUUACCAGCUGGAGGAAUUGGAGAGGGCUUUCCAGAAGACGCACUACCCCGACGUAUUCACCAGAGAAGAGCUCGCGAUGCGCCUGGACCUCACCGAGGCCCGCGUCCAAGUGUGGUUUCAGAACCGCAGAGCCAAGUGGAGGAAGCGUGAGAAGGCCGGGGUGCAGGCCCACCCCUCAGGUCUGCCCUUCCCCGGCCCCCUGGCAGCAGGUCACCCUCUCAGUCACUACCUAGAGGGAGGACCCUUUCCUCCUCAUCCCCACCCGGCUCUGGAGUCGGCCUGGACAGCUGCUGCAGCCGCAGCCGCCGCGUUCCCAGGCUUGGCCCCACCACCACACAACGGCUCCGCACCACCUCUGGCCACCCCACUCGGCCUGGGCACGUUCCUGGGCACGGCUGCCAUGUUUCGCCACCCUGCCUUCAUCGGACCCACCUUUGGCAGGCUUUUCUCCAGUAUGGGUCCCCUGACCAGUGCUUCCACCGCCGCAGCUCUCCUCCGCCAGCCCACUCCUCCUGUGGAGAACCCCUCCCACGCGGGGCCCGUCCUCCCCGACCCUUCCUCGGCUUCGUCCUCCCCCUCCUCAGCUGCAGCGGACCGCAGGGCCUCCAGUAUCGCCGCACUGCGCCUCAAGGCCAAGGAACACUCGGCUCAGCUCACCCAACUGAACAUCCUGCCCAACGGAGCCACAGGGAAGGAGGUGUGCUGAACACUUGACCCCCCCAGCUCUUGCACCCCCCACCCCCACCCCACUGUCCCGGGCUUAUGUCCUAUUCCAUGACACCCCAUCCUGCCCGCCCACCCCUUCUCAAAAACCCAUUCAUACCUCUGGAGGAUGAUGCCCUAUGUCCCCGUGUGUCCAAACAUCCCGUUACCUCAUAUGUCCCCCAACAAAAUAGCACGACCAAAUUCAAAAGAGCACUGGCUGAGAAAGUGUGUGUUUGUGUGGCUGUCUACUAAAUACUGCUAUUGUCCCAUUGUCCUACAGUACGCUCCACUUUUAUUUACUCUAUUUUUGGAUUAAGAUUUAUCGCAAAAGUUAAAUUAUACUCAAUAUCAUUUCAAAAAAUGAUAUUUAAGGCUGUAUUAUUUCUAUUUUUCUGAGCUGCACACACAGAAAAAUAAGAUACACUUCACCAGGACACGAACACGAGAAAAUGUAUUGAUUUCUCGCAGAACACUUUUAUUCUGCUUUCGGUUUGAUAGCACUCUAUACAAUUCAGAAGUUUAAGCCGCAGUAAUAAAAUAUUCAAAGUUCAGCAUAACAUAAAUACAAUUUACACCCAAUUCAACCAUCCAAAGCAAUAACACAGUCACAUAUUAAUGCAUCAUUUUAACUUGUGAUACUUCAAAAUAUGUUAUAUAUGUUAAAUAAUACAUAAUUGCUUACCUUCACUUUGACAUCAGGCUGAACACAGAAAUGUUCUCUGGAAAAAAAACAAACAUAUUUUACAGUGUGAUCGGACUUGGUCAUCACACACACACACACACACACAGGGAAACCUGAGAAAGGAUUCUUGCACCACUUCAAAUGUGGACUGCAGCUCUCGAGUGCUUGACAUUAACACUGCUUUAUUUGUAUGCAUGGAUGUGGACCGAGCCAGUCUGUGUCUAUAAUAAAAGGUGAGUUGGAGGAGGUCUGUCUGUCUGUCUGCCUGCCUGCCUGCCCCCCUGCCAACCCCCCCAACCCCCCACCCAGAACCAAAGGAAACUUGUCCACAGACCUUCCAUAGCCUUCUCUACAAACCUGACUCCUCUCUGCUCUGCUCACCUGUCCAACAGUAACACUCAGCAAUAUAAAUAUAUAUACAUGACACACACACACACACACUUCUGCUGAGUCUGACUCCGGGACAUGUCAGCAAAGUGGAGACCUGAGACGUGUCUCUAAAUGAUGUGACUGUGUGAGAGGAAAAAUGUAUAUAUUGUGUAAAAAAAAGAGGGGGAAAAAAAAGAGGGGAGGGUAAAAGUACAACCACAAAAAAUUUUCAAAACAAGGUCAUGUAUAUUUGGAGGAGGCAGUGUUUUGAUAAUUUGCACACAGUGUAGUGUUUCAUGAAUGUCGCCCUGUGUAGAAUUUUACCUGUGUUUAUGAAAAUAUUAGGUUCUUAGACCAUUAUUUAUGUCAAAAAUCUUUUUUUUUU